AUGCCCCAACAGCCACAAUCAUGCGAUUUAACAACAAUUCGAUCUCCCAUCACACUAGCCAUACCAUGGGGAAUGGCGCUAGCAGCAGCAGUGACAACGUGCAUGGCGACGCGGCACACCCAAUCGGCCAUCAUACGAGCCAUACUAUGGAGAAUGGCGCCAGCAGCGGCGGCGGCGGUAGCGGCGGCGAUGAGGGAGCUCAAGAGGAUGGCACAAUCUCCAAUGACAAUGGUAAGAGGUCGACUCCAUGCGGCACUUGUCUCGGAAGCCACCCUAACGACCCCUACUUCGGCAAGCUUUUUCGAAAACAGAGACACCUUCGGAGAGUCAGGAGACUUUACAUCAUCCAGCAACGUGGGCAACUUCAGCAUCAUCGACAGCACGCUGCGCGAGGGCGAGCAGUUCGCUACGGCGUACUUCAGCACGGCCCAGAAGAUCAAGAUCGCCCAAGCGCUGGAUGACUUUGGAGUGGAAUACGUACGACUUAUUGAAGUGACGUCUCCUGCGGCCUCGGAGCAGUCGAGGGCGGAUUGUGAAACCAUCUGCAAGCUGGGGUUGAAGGCAAAGGUGGGUACAUUCAGCCCAGCCGACCUCUGA